AUGACGCAAAGCUGCUGGCUGUUCUUUUCUCUUUUCCCCCUCUGGUUGACUUCGACCGUAGUUGCUUUGCAGCGUCUACGACCCCCUAACACCCACCAAAUCCACGACCUUCCCGGCUACAACGACUCGACGCCCAUCGACUUUAAGCACUAUGCCGGUCGCCUACCGCUACCGAGCUCGGGUCAAGAGCUGUUCUAUUGGCUCGUGGAAUCGCAGGAUGACCCGGCAACCGACCCGAUUGUGUUGUGGCUGAACGGGGGACCUGGCUGCUCGUCCCUCGGUGGGUUCUUCACGGAACUGGGUCCGUUUGUCGUCCAGUCUGACUUGACCGUCAAGCGCAACAACUAUGCGGGUCGGUACAUUCCGUUCCUCAUCACCAAGUUGCUCGCGUCGCCGCUGCCGAAGGUCCACUUGGUUGGGUUUCUCAUUGGCAACCCUUCCACCAACUACGAGAUUGACCACAACUCGUACGUGGACUACUACUACACCCACGGGCUGAUCUCGCUGGAGAAUUACAUGGCUGUCGGUGCGGCUUGUGGGGAUAACGUCGGCCGAUGCGUCGUGUCCAGUGCCAACUGCUCGGCAGCAUGCGAAGCAGCCCUCCAAGAUGGAAUUCUAUCCAUCGACGAGCCAGCGUUGAAUCGAUAUUACAUCUAUGGCGACGUGUGUCUGCUCAACAAGUCACAAGCGCAUCCGUUGAAGUACCGGAACUUGCGCCCGCCAUUCACUCCAUUAUCCGACGCUGUCACUACUCCGUGUACGAAUACGUUCACGCAAGAGUACCUGCGCCAACCACUCGUGCAGGAAGCGUUGCACCUUUCCCAUUUGAAAUCAGUGGGAUGGCGGCACUGCAGCAAUGCUGUCGGCCAUAUGUACGUUCGAAGCAGUUCUUCGAUGGAGCUGUACCCUGCAAUCUUGACAGCUGGAAUCAAAGCCUUGAUUUACAGCGGCGACGCGGACAUGGUGGUCAACUUUAUGGGCACCCAGCGAUGGAUCUCGACCGAAGGGCUCGGAUUAAAAGUGACGGACAAGUGGCGAGCGUGGUUUGGCCCAGACAAGCAGCUGGCGGGGUAUUCGGAGGAAUAUGCCGGUGGGUUGACGUUCAAAACGGUGAAAGGGGCGGGGCAUAUGGUGCCAGCCGUUCGCCCGUUGCAUGCGCUGUACAUGUUCGAGUGCUUUGCGCUUGGGCACGAUGCUUGCAACAAUUUCACGUACCCCCGAAACUCUGCAGAGUGCUUGACUGGGGAAGACCUGGAUGCGUGCUUUGGCGAUGGAAGCGAUACCGUCGACCUCCCGCACCCUGCUAACCAUGUCAACUGGUCCUUGUAUGGAAUCCUCAUCGUGCUGGUGGGUAUUGCCGUCGCGAUGUUGACGAAGUUGCGGCUGGACUACCGCAAGAAGCAGUAUGCCAUGCUUUAA